AUGGUCAAAUAAUGCUUACUAUUAAUCACUAUAUUAGUGAUUGCCCACAGUAUGAAUUAUGGUACGGUUUUGAUUCAAAAUGAGGGGGGAGGACAAAUUUAAACAAAAGAAAUACUCUUCUCAAAACCUUUUUAGUAGAUCCCUUAAGUGGCCAUUGCACUUCUUAAUGGUCAUGGAGAUAUCUUUGCAGAAAUUCAUGAUAUUAAUCAAGAAGGAUUCUCAAUAUAAAUGAUGGCAUCCAAUGAGAUUGAGGCAGAAUUUGCCUAUUUAGCCAUAGAAAAUGAUGAGAACUAUCAAAUUGAAUGUUUUAAUCGAAUUGAUGUUGGAAAUGAGAUACAAUUUCCAUUAAUCAUCUAGAAACCAAGAUUUAUUGGUGUUUUGGCUACAAAUACUCAUGAGAACAAUUUCAAUAUUGAUUUACUUGAUGGCAAUCUCAUUGUUGAUAAUGAUGGAAAAUUGAAUAUGUGUAUAAUCAUCACAAAUGAGGAGCAACCAAUAGAUUUGAUUGGAUAUUAGAAUUACUAGGAGCAAGAGGCUGCUGAAUUUCAUUCAUUUAAAAAACAGAAUGCCAUGAGCUUAGUAUAAGCUCAACAAUCCCUUGAAAUAACCCAUUUAGAUUAACGCAAAUCUUUUGAAAUUUGGCACCAUUAAUCUAUUGAAAUCAUUAAGGAUUCCUAUGAAGAAGUAAAUCCAACUAAUCAAUCAAUUGAAAUUGUGAGUGAAGACUAACCCAAACAAACAGAAUUCAAAUAAUAAGAAUCUAUAGAAAUAUUUAAAUUGGAUGAUCAAGAUUCACAAUCAAAUUCUGAUUAAAAUUUAAUUGCUCAAGAUAUUCAACUAGACAAUGUAGAUGAGACUAAUAAUAAUUAAUUCGAAGAUGUUAAAUUUGAAGAUCCUUCAAAAGUUGAUUAAUUGACAUAACAGUAAUCAACUGUAGCUACAUCUAAUUAAAUGGAAGAUAUCACAUUAAAUCUUGAUUCUGAAUCAGGAAAUUAAUAAUCUGAGACAAUAACUCUUAAUGAUUAACAAUCAUCCAAUUAAUCAACUUAAGAACUAUAAGAAAAUAAUUAAUAAUAAUAGAUAGAAGAUGUGAAAUUAGUGAAUGAAGAAUCUGUAAAUAAUGAAAAUUCUUAAGAAAUUAGGUUGACCACUGAUGAGGUUCAAAUAAUAGAACCAAAAAAUGAGUCAGUACAAAACUAAGACGAAUAAUUAGUUAUUAAUAAUGAAUAAGAUGUUCAAGUCUAAACAGAUAUAAUUGAUUAAUAAAAUUAAGAUUAAGAUGCUUCUAGUUUAUAAUCUGAGGUUGCAAUCAAUAAUAAUGAUUAAGUACUCCAUUAAGAAGAUAUUAAAUUGGAUUAUUUGGAUAAUGAUAAUGCAAAUUAAUAAGGGGAAUCAAAAUAAGAAAUCUAAACUGAAGAUAUCAAAUUAGAUGAUACUGAUGUUUCUUCAAUUAAUGCUUAGGAUAUUCCACAAUAAUAGGAUGCUAUAGAUAUCUAAAAUGAUUAAUUAUCUAUUUAACCAGAGGCUAAACCAAUUGAGGACACUACAGAAGAUGUAGUUGUUCAUGUUGAUGAGGUUAAGAUUGAAAAUGUGAAGAUUUCUGAGGCGAAUUUGGAUGACAUAAGUACAGAUUCAUAAGUGUAAGAGGAUAAUACAGAAUAAAUAUAACAAGAGAAAGAGGAUAAUACAGCAUAUAUAUAAGAUGAUAUAGUGGAUAAUACUUAAUAAGAUAAUACUGAAUAAAUUCAAGAUAAUAGUAAUGAUAAUUAAAUAACAGAUCAAUCUGAAGAUAUUUCUGUUGAUCCAGAUGCCUUUUCAGAACCUUAAUAAAAAGUAACUUAAAUUAAUGAUGAUCUUCAAAAACAAGAAUCAGAUAUUGAUGAGAUGAUUAAAUUUGCAUAAGAAUUAAAAGAAGAAGCGAAAAAAUUAAAGAAUAAAAGCAGAAAUGAAAGACAAUAAGGAAAAUUAGAUAUUAUGGAACAAGCCACUGUUUUAGAGAAGGAAGUUGACAAAUUAGAAAAUUAAAGUGAAGAACCUCAGGUUGUAGAAGAUUAAAUCAGUUUGGAUGUUAAUUCUGGUUACGAUGAUUAAAAGGAUAUUUAAAUUUAAUAGCCUUAGGAAGAAUAACAACCCCCAAUCAUAUAUUUGAAUGAUGGUGGACUCAAUCCUGAGCAAUAGUUAAUAACAUAGGAAAUCAUAGAAGAAGAUAAAGUUAUGAACACAGAAAACUAAUUAUAAGAAGUAGUUGACUAAUAAUUAUAAUAAUAAGAGCAAUAGAUUGAAAGUACACCUGAAAUUGAAGAUGAGGAUAUCUAAAUUAUUGAUGCUUCCAUCAAAUUAGACGAGGAUCAUCAAGAGAUGGAAAUAUAUCAAUCUGACUAAGUUGAAGUCAUUCCAGAAUAAGUUGAACCUUAAAUUGAAGAGGAUCUAUAAAUUGAAUAAUAAUCCCAAGAAUAAGUUGAAGUAGAAGUAGAAGUAGAACCUUAAGAAGAGAAUGUUCAGGAAUAAGAAACUACAAAAGAAGAAGGGGCUAUUGAAAUUGGAUUAACAACAGAAGAAGGAGAAGCAUUUAUUAGAAAACCUAAGAAGUCUGAUUUCUUAAGAGAGAAGCAAAGAUUAAAGGAUAAAUUGACUAAUGUUAUUAGAGAUUUCAAAUUGGACUCUGUUUAAAGCAAUACUUUAGAUUCUGUUGUUGAGGGGGACAAAUAAUACUCUUUGAUUAUUGAUAGAUUAGAUGUACCUGAAAAUAAUGAAUAAGUUAUUGUGUUGAAAGAUGAGGAUUAUGAAUAAACUCAAAUUGAGCCAGAACCAGAAUAAGAGGUCAAAUAACUUGGUGAUUAUUUAGAAGCUGUGGAACCAAAUUUAGAAAAUGUUAAUUUUAUCUAUGAUGAUGAAUAACAAUAGGAAUAAUAAACAAUUGAAAUUGAAGAUAUCAAAUUAAAUGAUGACACAAAUGAAGAAACUAAUUACAAAAUUGUUGAGGCUAAAGAUGAUGAACUUGCUGAUACUACAUUAGAUACAUUAGAAUCUAUUGAUGAUUCAUAAUAGUAGUAAUUAUUAUCAACUGAUGUUGCUGUUACUGCCGAAGAAACAUCUGCUUCUAAUGUUGAAAAUUAAAGUGAUGAUGAAAAUAAUAUUUCUUUUGAUGAAUUCUAAAAGGAACUUGAAGUCUUAGCUAAUACUGUUGGUAAUAUCAAAUAAGAAAAUGUGGAAACAUAAAAAUCUAGUGACUAUAUUGUUGUAAAUGACAAUAGUUAAAUUUAUGAAGCCACUUAUGAUGAAUAAAGCAAUGAAUUAUAAUAAGAAGAUGAACCAUAAAUUUAAGAGGACCAAUAGCAAUACUAUCAAGGAUUGGAAGAUGAUUAAAAUACAUAGGUUGAUAUCGAGCAACUUGAAAAUUAAGAUGAUUUGCCAUAAGAAUAAUAAGAAGCUGAAUAAGUAUUUGAUGUUCCAGAAUAAGAAGUCAUCUAAGAAUAAUAAUCUGAUGAUUAAUUCUUUGACAAUGAAUAAUCCACAGAUGAUUAAAUGCAAUAAGUUGAAACAUAUGACAAUGCUGAACCCCAAGAUUAAUAUCUAACGAUUGACAAUCUGGUGAAGGAUAGUUCAGCAAUUGAAGAGGUGUAUGAUUAGGCACCAUAAUAUUAUGAUGAAUCAGAUACUUAAUCAAGUGAAUAAUAAACAUAAAAUGUAGUUGAAAACUCAUUAGAAAAAGAUUAUGAUAUUUCUGAAUAACAAUAAUAAGAUCAGAAAUUUUAAGAAUAAUAACAAAGUGAGAACAGUUAAUAACAGGAAUAAGAUUUUGUAGUUAUGAAGGCGGAUUAAUUUUAACCUAAGUAAUAGAAUGAAAAUAAAUAAUAAGAAUAAUAAUCCGAUAUCCAACAGAUAGAUGACAUAUAUUCAGAAACUCCUAGGGACGAAAAUGAAAUAGACAUCAUCGUUGAUGUUGCAAAUCAAUAUGAUGAUUAACCAUAAUUAAAUGAAUAGGAUUAUGAUUAUGGAGACAAUUUUGAAAUUCAAUAACCUAGUAAAAAUCAAGUUGAAUAAAAACCAUAGCAAUAAUAAUAAUAAUUAUAAUAAUAAUAAGAAUAGCAAUAAUAAUAAUAAUAAUAAUAAUAAUAAUAAUAAUAAUAAUUAUAAUAAGAUUCUAUAUCAAGCAAGAAACAAAAAUAACAAAUUUAACAUUCAAUUACUAUUUCUCAUAAUGUUUAAGAAAGUAAUAAUAAGUAAAUUGAUAGAUCUAUUGAAAUAUAACAUGAAGAUAAUUCUCUAAAAAUAGAGCAUCCCAUCAGUUAAGAGGAAUUAAGAAAAGACUUAAAAGAAUAACUAAAAUAAGAACUCAAAGAAGAAUUAAAAUAAGAAAUUAAAUAAGAAAUUUAAGAAUCCCACAAUAGAAGAAAAUCUCCAAGUCUUGUUAUAGAAGAAAACGUGGCCAAGGAUCCUGAAAGACCUGCUUAGAAAGCCAUAAACAGUUUUAACAAACUGUUAAAUGAUGUUGUAGAUGACACUUUAAAGGAGGAUGAUGGAAAACAUUACUAGAAAUUGCCAAUAGUGGAUGUGAAGAAAGAGUCUUUUAAUAAAGUUGAACCAAAGAUUGAAUAAGGAAUUGAAGACCUAAAGAAAGCAUUAGGAUUAAAAGGAGGAGUAGAAGUUGUUGAUAAUAAUGGUAAGAAGCAAGUGAUUAAUGUUGAUGAUCUUAAAAAAGAAAGUGAGAAAUUGUUAACUCGCCCAGAGAGAGACGAAAAAAAUGAUAGUCCCUAAUAUGAUGAAUACUUGAAAAAGGUUACCGAGAAAUCUCAGCCAAUUAAUAAAGAUUAAUUUUAAAAUUAUGAAGAGUAGCAUAAUCUAAGAAAAUAAGAAAUUUUAGAGAAUAUAAAGAGAGAGUUGGAAAUAAAGAAAGGUCGUUUCACAGUUCCAAAUGAUUCUCCUCAAGAAUUAUCACCUUAUGAAUUUGAGAGAGUUUAUUUGGAUUGGGAAAAGAAUAAAUAGGACAUCAUUCCAAGCAUGCUAUAACAUUCAAUAGAAUAACCUAUGACUUAAGAGUUGCAUUCAAAUUCAGAUGUAGUACAUUAAAAAUCCACUGAGAGAGUUUCAAGAAAAGAAGAAGUGGAUAAAGAAGUUUAGGAGUUACUUUAUGGAAAUCAAAAAAAUAGGAAAUAACAAUCAAAAUAAUCUUCGAAAGAGUUUAAAGUGGAAGAUUUGAGAUAUAUAAAGGAUGAUCCUCUUUUGGAUUCUACUUAUAAUGGAUUUUUAUAAGUGAAGGCAAACUUGAGAAGGAGAUAACAGUGAUUAAUAUAAGUUUAUAAAUUAACAGAAAAUAAUAUGGAAAGGAAAA